UCUGGACUAGAACUGAAGAGCUCAUCUAAGGCAUGACCAUGUCUGAGCCAUGGUCACCCCCACAGCACUUACACCUAUGAAGGUUCCCAAUCAUAGCCAUUUCUCUCUAUUUUCAUUUUCAGCAUUUCAGUCUUCCACCAAUUGUAUUUACUUGAUUGUGCCAAUCUUCAGAUUGACGCUGCCACAAAUCAGGGAGAGAGACUGGGCAGGCGCUAAGGGUAUUCUCCAGCUGAUCAGAGAAAGCAGGAAGGAUUGGGAGAGCAUCUCUGUAGCGACCAUCCUCAGCUGGAAGAAAAUGCAUUGAUUUAUUUUAGAAAGCUGAACAGAACGCUGUGAUCCUAUAUUUAUAACACAGCUUGUUUGGUCGUCUGUGUCAAGAGCGAGAGUGGAUUCAACGAAAACAGCAGAGGGAACCAGAGCGGGAGGAGCAGCCUGACAACGCCAACAUGCCUCCCAAGUUUAAACGACACCUCAACGAUGAAGAGGUCACUGGAUCCAUACGCAGCGAGAGGAGGAACCUGUUGGAGGAAGACUCUGAUGAAGAGGAGGACUUCUUCCUGAGGGGACCAACUGGACCCAGAUUUGGAGCCGGAAAUGACAAAAUCAGACAAGUUCAGUCGCAGGUUGAUGAGGUCAUCGAUGUGAUGCAGGAGAACAUCUCCAAGGUGAUCGACAGGGGAGAGCGACUGGAGGACCUGCAGGACAAGUCAGAGAGCCUAUCAGACAACGCGUCAGCCUUCAGCAGCCGAGCCAAGCAGCUGCACAGGAGGAUGUGGUGGAGAGACAUGAAGAUGAAGGCCAUCAUAGCUCUGGUGGUGGUCGUUCUGCUACUUAUCAUCAUCAUUCCGGUGAUCUUGCGGUAUCGCUAGUGUUUCGCCAGGAUGAGGAAGAAUCUCUCAAUCCUUCUCCUCUUCCUCCCAUUCUCCUGCACAAAGUCCUCCACACCAGCUAGGCGGCGCCAUCUGCCCAUAACCACAGAUCCAAGAUCAGCUCACCCUCUCCCAAUGCUGACCUUUACCGUUAGGAUGGAAAACACAAAACUGACCUAAGAUCCGUGUCUACUAGGGACCACUUCAUCCUACUCUGUGAGCCAGGGGUGACAAGGGUGACACAGGAAGCAUUACGCUGGUGUUACGUAAGGGUUGGGUUUGCGUCCCAAAUGAUAUCUUAUUUAGGGAAUAGGGUGUCAUUUGAGAUGCUGCCUGUGUCUCAGACACCUAAUCAAACUAAAGGUGAACUCCAUUCAGUACAUAAUACAUAUCAGCCAGUCAUUAAGGUUAAGUUUCAUAUCAUGUAGUCAGACUGAUUCUAAUGAUAGUUGACUUUCAGUCAAUCUGUCUGCUCCAGUUAGUCCAUCAGCAGCUUAGAAACCGGUUAUACAGGACUUGUAGCACACCAAAAUAUUUGGAGAUUAAGAAUGGAACCCCUACCACCUCCCAUCUCACAUGUUUAGAAUGCUUUCAAGCCAAAACUGAUGAGGCAAUGGCUAAAUCUUAAUACACUACAGUGGCCUCCUCUACUUGUCUCCUUUCCUUCUUUCCUUUUCUUCACCCAGUUUGAUCUGACACUAGCGGGACUGGUUCAAGCCAGUGAGAGGAAGCCACUGUGGAGUAUUGGGACAACGUGUGUCCUACUGACAUGUGUUACUGUUUGGCCACUGCUGAUCUCAUUUCCUGUUAGUAACACUAUGCUCGCUGUCUCUCUCCAGAUGGUUGAAUUUGACCGUUUCUGUGAUAUUGAGUUCUGCUGGAAGGUUAACGUGAAGCUUAUGAAUGUCUGCUGCUAUUCCCAUUACCCCUGAGGAGCUAAGGGACAGACACUGUUCAUUCCACUGCAAAGGCUGGAGGCGUCUGGUACCACUUGUUUAUUCUGUGUGCGCGCAUGUGAUUCUCCUAGUCUGCCCUGUAUUGAGAUUGCGUGCCCUCGGUGUCCAAACAUGCACGGCCUAGUGACGCGGGUCACCAGUACUGCCACACCACAGCAGCAUAACAAUUGAUUAACACUUGAUUUAAAUCAGAAAUGUUCAGUCUGGUUGGCUGAUUGUUCGGUCUGGUUUGCUUAUUUCCUUAUAAAAUCAUAGACUUCGGAAGGUGUUGCAGAAGCAGCCCUGAUACAUUUAAAUGAAUGUGCCAGAGUUAUGGAAUUCCAGCCGUCUGUUCAGAAAGAAAUGAAAUAAUUCCGAAUAGUCUACUACACCAGGAGUAGGCCUAUAAUAUAGCCACUGAGGAUCAAUAACUAAAACAUGUAAUGGCCUAGCUGUGGAUUGUAGCCCAAUAACAAGGAAUAGGCUACAGCCAGGAAUGUGCUGCAAAUCUGCCAGUAAACAGCAUGCAGACAAAACAGGCCUUUCGCAAUAUUUAAAAUACAGUCGCAGGAAAACACAGGUUGGAAGGCAAAUGGCUCCUGCUGAAAAGAGAAGACGAAUCUGUCUGCUGUAGGAUACCAAAAUAUUUUAGCAACUUCCAAAAAGGUGAUCAAGUAACCAUUGUUUACAGGUUAGAGAUAGGCUUCUGGCAUGAGCACAUCAGCCAUUGCGACUAGUGAGCUGUGCAUUAUUUCUCAUUGGGUAAGUCAGUGAAACUGGAAAGCUUUUUUUAAGACUCAUUUCCUCAUUGUACAAUAUGUGUGUCUCCACACACCUAGGCUAUUGAUGGAUUCAAUACGUUUUUAAUGAUUUCAGUGUCAAAGUAGACUGUCAUUUCGAUCAUUUUUGCGGUACUUAAAAAGAUUCUGCCAAUGUCUGCAGUCAUGUAAAAUGACGUAGAAUUGCAUGAAAUGCGUUUACACAAGGCGCAAUUUCUCCCGCCUUUACUGCUCUAUUCCACUACGCAAAUGCGAUGAUAUGCAUGCAAUGCUUUAUUACACUGAACAAAAAUAUAAAUUCAACGUGCAGAAAUUUCAGUUCAUAGUUCACGUAAGGAAAUCAGUCAAUUUAAAUCAAUUCAUUAGACCCUAAUCUAUGGAUUUCACAUGACCGGGAAUAUAGAUAUGCAUCUGUUGGUCACAGAUACCUUUUUAAAUGUUUGUAUCCAUUUUGUUUUAUUCCACCCCCCCCUUUUCUCCCCAAUUGUCAUGAUUACAAACGUAUCUCAUCGCUGCAACUCCCCAAAGGGUUCGGGAGAGGCGAAGGUCGAGUCAUGUGUCCCCUGAAACGUGACCCGCCAAACCGCGCUUCUUAACACCUGCCCGCUUAACCCGGAAGCCAGCUGCACUUAUGUGUCAGAGGAAACACCGUUCAACUGACGACCGAGUCAGCCUGCAGGCGCCCGGCCCACCACAAGGAAUCGCUAGAGCACGACGAGCCAAGUAAAGUCCCCCCAGCCAAACACUACCCUAACCCGGACAACGCUGGGCCAAUUGUGCGCCGCCCUAUUGGACUCCCGGUCACGGCCGGUAAUGACACAUCGAACCCCAGGCUGUAGUGACACUGCAACACUGCGAUGCAGUGCCUUAGACCACUGCGCCACUCGGGAGGACUCCACGUGGAUCAGAAAACCAGUCAGUAUCUGGUGAGACCACUAUUUGCCUCAUGCAGCACCACACAUUUCCUUCACAUAGAGUUGAUCAGGCUGUUGAUUGUGGCCUGUGGAAUUUCGUCCCACUUCAAUGGCUGCGCGAAUUUGCUUGAAUUUGGCUGGAACUGGAAGACGCUGUUGUACACGUUGAUCCAGAGCAUCCUGAACAUGGUCAAUGGGUGACAUGUGUGGUGAGUAUGCAGGCCAUGGAAGAACUGGGACAUAUUCAGCUUCCAGGAAUUGUGUACAGAUCCUUGCGACAUGGGGCCGUGCAUUAUCAUGCUGAAACAUGAGGUGAUCUCGUCAAGGUAUCUCUGCAUUCAAUUUGCAUUGAUAAAAUGUAGUUGUGUUCGUUGUGCGUAGCUUAUGCCUGCCCUUAUCAUAACCCCACCACCACCAUGGGGCACUCUGUUCACAACAUUGACAUCCGCAAACCGCUCGCCCACACGACGCCAUACACGCUGUUUGCCAUCUGCCCAGUACAGAUGAAAACUGUAUUAAUCUGUGAAGAGCACACUUCUCCAGCAUGCCAGUGGCCAUCGAAGGUGAGCAUUUACCCGCUGAAGUCCGUUACGACGCUGAUCUGCAGUCAGGCCAAGACCCUGGUGAGGACGACGAGCACGCAGAUGAGCUUUCUGAGAUGGUUUCUGACAGUUUGUGCAGAAAUUCUUUGGUUGUGCAAACCCACAGUUUCAUCAGCUGUCCGGGUGGUUGGUCUCAGAUAAUCCCGCAGGUGAAGAAGCCGCAUGUGGAGGUUCUGGGCUGGCAUGGUUCCACGUGGUUUGCGGUUGUGAGGCCGGUUUGACAUUCUACUAAAUUCUCUAAAAUGACUUUGGAUGCUGCUUAUGGUAAAGAAAUUAACAUUCAAUUCUCUGGCAACAUCUCUGGUAGACAUUCCUGCAGUCAGCAAGCCAAUUGUACUCUCUCUCUCAACUUGAGACUGGCAUUGUGUUGUGUGACAAAACUGGACUUUUAUUGUCCCUAGCACAAGGUGCACCUGUGUAAUGAUCAUGCUUUUUAAUCAGCUUCUUGAUAUGCCACACCUGUCACAUGGAUUGAUUAUCUUGGCAAAGGAGAAAUACUCACUAACAGGGAUGUAAACACAUUUGUGCACAAUUUAGUAAAUUAACUAUUUCUUGAACUGCAUUGUUGGUUAAGGGCUUGUAAGUAAGCAUUUCACGGUAAUAGAAUACCUGUUGUAUUCGGCACAUGUGACAAAUAACAUUUGAUUUGUAUUUGAGAGAAAUAAGCUUUUUGUGCAUAUGGAACUUUUACACGUUACGUUUUAUAUUUUUAUUCAGCAUUAAAAUAAUUUUUUUGCCAUGCGUUCUGGUACCUCAGAGCUCCCCAGGUCACUCCCCUUUCGCGCUCACUUUUUGUUCCUGCACCUCCUGAUUUACAAAUUAAGCACGGAACAUAGUCUGGACUCCAGCUGAACACCAUAUAGGCCUACUAAAAAUACUCACACAAGCCACUAGCCAGUCAGCAGUAUAACAUGAGUUAGAUGAUUAUGAAUAUAAGCUGUAUUGUGAAUUUAUUAUUUAUUAACAUUGAAGAGAAUUUUUGUACCGAUUUAUCUAGCUAGCUAACUAGUAUAUUUACAUCGAUUAUCAGCUGAUAGUCUACCUUAUUUUCCCAAUUCGAGGCACUGUAACUUACUUGCUUGCUUAUAAUUUGUGAUAAGUGAGUUGUUGCAGAAAUAAAUAGGCCUAUGCUAAAGAAUUGCUACAGAGGCAGAUAGUAUGUUUUUUUGUUUUGUUUUGAGUACCUGCCCCCUGAAAGGUCUACCCUGGGUGUAACACUGCCUAAUGUAAUGACAGCACAGUGUCCAGCAUAUCUGUAUACAAUAACCCUACAUCAUCAUUCCCUUUUUUUAAUGUAAUUUAUUUGAGGUGUAAAUAUUGAUCUGUAAUGAUGUACUAUACUCUGUCAUUACAUUGAAAAACUGUCAAAUACUGUAAUGUUAAUCUGACGUAAUAAAAUUAUUUGAAAGAGUA